UGCUUCGAUCAUUUCAUUGUUGGGCAGCACACUUGCAUUUGCAAAAGUUAUCAGCCAUGAUUCUCAUUGUGGUGACAAUACUUGCAUGCGCUAGCAUCGCUCAAGGUUUCAAACAAUGCGAAGCUGAUCCAGCUGCUAUUCUACGUGUGAAACACAUUACAGAACCUGUAAUUUUGCAGAAAGGGAAACGAUUCGAAGCAGAUUUUGACAUAGACAUCAAAAGAAAAUUCCCUCCAACUUUCAAAGCAGUGAUCUCUUUACAACGAAAAGUGUGGUUCGCCUGGGUACCUUUACCUUGCAUCAACCAAGUUGGCUCAUGUACAUACGAUGUGACAUGUGAUAUGUUAAACAAACUCCAAAUUGAGAAUGGUGGUGUCAUUAAUCACAAGUGUCCGGCCGAAGCUGGUCAAACCGUCUCGCAAAAGGUUGGCAUCACCUUACCAGAUAUACCAGGACCUGUGAAAGUUCUAGGAAGCGGCACGUACUGGGCCAGAGCAAAAUUGGUUGGUUCAGAUGGGCGUGUUUUGGCAUGCGUGGAAAAGACAAUGGAAAUCAAAAGUCCAUAAGGCCAUUGCAUUUGUAUCGUAUUUCAAAUAAAAAAACACAUAAAUAAAUCACC